AUUCCGUAACAUUGAAAAUAUGGGCUUCUUUUGUCAUUAUACCCGUACAUUGAGAUCACCGUUGUGAACUGAUAGAUAUUAUUGCGUUUAAGUUAACAUUUAAUUCUAUUCAUCUGUUACAAAUCAUGCUAUAACCAAUUACAAAGAAUGAUAAUGUCAUAAAAAUAUAUAACAUUGAUUUCUUAAUGUAAAUAUUUUGUUAGGAAAAGGAUUUUUAUCUUAUAGAGGACGUAAAAAUGAGCAGGCGAAAUUCAAAAUAUCCAGCUACGAUUAAACCAGAAGAUCAAGUUGGAAGAAAUGACAGAGUUGAACCCGAGCAACUUACCGAAGAACAAAUAGCAGAGUUAAAGGAAGCUUUUGGUUUGUUUGACAAGGAUGGAGAUGGGGAUAUAUCAACGAAGGAACUUGGUACAGUAAUGAGAUCACUGGGACAGAACCCGUCUGAUGAAGAGCUAGAAGACAUGGUUCGAGAAGUAGACGUUGAUGGAAAUGGAACUAUAGACUUUGAUGAAUUUUUACAAAUGAUGUCAAGAAAAAUGAAAGAAACUGAUACAGAGGAAGAAAUUAAAGAAGCAUUUAAAAUAUUUGAUAAAGAUGGAAACGGUUUAAUUUCUCCAGCAGAGUUGCGGAGUGUAAUGUGCAAUCUUGGUGAGAAGCUAACCGACGAGGAGGUUGAGGAAAUGAUAAAAGAAGCCGACCACGACGGUGACGGGAUGAUAAAUUAUGAAGAAUUUGUGAAAAUGAUGACUAAAUGACGUGGAGGAAACAAAUAAAAUUGAGACAUUCUGCAAAUUAACGUUCAAUGGGUGUCAGGUUUUAAAAAAACAACACGCGCAACUGCAACUUUUAUAAACUGAAACUCUGGUCAGACGACCACAACAUUACUUGCCCAGAAAACUUAUUUAUUGUUGUUGUUGUUUUCUCGAUAUUGUUUUUGUACAAUUUGUAUGCAUUCAUUUUUUUUAAAAAAGGCAUAAAAAUCAAAAUUUAUUCAAAUCAUCAGACAUCCUUCUUUUAUAAUAAAAUGGCCGCUUUGCUUUACUGGAGUAAAGUUUCCAGAUUUUGGGAAAAAAUAUGGACUUCUGUUAAAUUGAUAGCGAAAUAUGUUACAAACCUUUAGGUAACCUUCAGUGUUUUGUAUUAACUUAUUUCAUUGUUUUCGUUUUUCAUUACGUAGUGAAUAAUAUUUUAUCGUGCCAUGUGAUACAUAAUCAUUAAUAAAAUAAGAUAAAAUAAAAGCACAUGUUGGUGAA